UUCACGGAAAGAAAGAGGUUUUUGUCGUUUGAGACUGUAAAGAAUAUUUUCGUAUGACCAGCUUCUGCUUUGGAAAUACAUCAAUUUGAGUGCUGCGCAUGUUAUUUGAAAGAUUUCUUUAAGCUCAAAAGUAAAUUUGCCUGUGGAAAACGUCAAAUGACUGAGCUGCAGGUUCAGCAAGCAACAGCACACUCGCCAAAUGUUCAGCAGAUGCCCUUCUGGCUUGAAAAAGCCAUCGCUUGGGGCCACACUGACACUACACACACACGGAACGACAUCUCCCUACACUUGAAGAGACUGAGGGAUUUCCUCCAGCAGCUUCUCUCAGAAAUCAGCAGUGUGAGCUCCACAACAGAAACCUUGAAUAGGCUCCCCUUAUUAGGUCAGCUUUUAGGCCAGCUGUGCUGGAACCCUCAUGUCACUGCAGAAGGUGCAAGUAGAGGACUUCUGCUCCAGUGUUUGUUGGCUCUGUAUUCUGAGCAUCCAAGCAAUGCAGUGGAAAGAAAAGCCAACCAGUGGAUACAGAAAGUCCUGUGUCAUCUGGCUACAGAUGAAGAAGAUGGUGCAGCCGUGGGACUGAUGAAGCAUUUAGGAGUGCCGACCAAAGAAUACCAUCUUAAAGUGCUGAAAAAGAUGGUGACAAGAAUACAGGAAAGCAUUGGGAAUAGUCGGUGUUCUGUGAGCAGCACAAAUAAGGGGUGUUCAUGUGGCAGUAUUUGGGCUGCGUCAGAGGCUUGUGUGCCUCUCAUCACAUGUCCUGAAGCAUCUCCUCUCAUUGGUGCUUUGCUGCAACAGCAGAUGACUUGCAUCAGAGAAGGUCUGAGUGAAAACUUCCUUGAUGCUCUACACUCUGCCUACUUGAGAUGUGACCUGCUACUGGACGAGCAGGCAGUUGUUUCUCUGUGGUAUCAGAGCUUACCCAGCCUGGAGGAAGCUGUGCUCAAUCUGUUGGAGUCUGCUACUACAGCAGGAUCAACACCAAGCAAGGUGGAGGAGCAAGUGCCGAAGUCAUUACUGCCUAAAGCUUGUGCUCAGCAUUGUUCAGUAUUCCUGGUUGUAAAUGACAUCUUCAGGACUGUUCUUAAACAGAAUGAAAGGAAUGAGCGUGUUAAAAAUGUUUUUCAAACAUUUACCAAAUGCUUCUUCAUGGAGCUUUCACGAUUGCAGCCUCAGACAUCUGCGUCUUUAAAAGCCUUCUUUCCACAGUCCCCUCCAAGUCUUCUGAUUCCUCUCUUUACCAUGCCUUCAGAGAUGCCUCAGGAGAGUUUGAAAAACCACCUGAUAUGGGUCAGCAGCUCAUUACAGAGACUGACUGAGGAGGAAGAAGAUGAGGAAGACUCAGAUAGUAGCAAUAUCAGAGGGAACCAUAAAGUCUUUGAGGCGUGGUUCCUGCUGGUUCAGUGUGGCUACUGGGUGCAGGUGGUGGUCCAGCUGCUGGUCACAUCAGGUCCCGAAGACUGUGGUCCCCUUCUCUGGUUACUGACCUUUUAUCAUCACCCCACCAACAGGUGGCACCACAGAGCUUCACAGCUGGUCCAGGCCAAAGCAGCGUGGGACCACCUGUACAGUCUUUUCUCCAUUGAAGCUCAUCUUCUUCCUGCUGACCACCUGCAGUCUUUUAUCAGUCUGCUGGCACCGAAACCUCAGCAGCCGUCACUUGCCCCAUCGUUAACCCUUAGCCUUUUGGUUAACUUUGCUACUUUUGGUCAACUUCCACAGAGCAUAUCAGCAGAGAUUACACAGAAGGUGGUGCAUCAGUCUGGUCUGCAGGACGAAGCAACACGUGUUCUCAGCUCGCUGCGUCUCAGACUGAAUGACCGAGGCAGCUUCGCAAACGACAGAGUUCAUCUCAGGAUUGAGGAACUUCACAACACAAUAAAAAAUAAAUGUAAGCCAGAUGCACCCUCACAAACUGACACAUAGCUACGCUGCUGUGUUGUCCUACGGUGGCGGGAGGCUGUUGAAAACAACACAGAUUGGAGGACAUGUGGAGGACACAGUUAUAAACACACAAGUAAGACAGUUACAUGUCCCACAAACACUGUUGAGCAGUGAAAGAUGGCCAUGUUAGGAAGCAUCUGCGUGUACGUGUCAGAGUUCGCCCGCUCACUAAAUUUCUAAAAUACAAGUCCCAUCAAACUGCACAGGCUGAACGCAAGGCAACAGCAAGAAAUACCCAACAGUACCAGUGAUUGUGCUUUACUGGUGCAUGGAGAGUAGAUUAUUGUAUGUUAUAAAUAAACUAAAUA